AUGCCGGUAGUUCAUCUUCCUACUAGCACCACGAAGACCCCCAGUGAAACCGUCUCAGCAUUAAAAAAUGAGACAGACUCAUCUAGCAGCCGUGAAAUAGCUCCCCUGGGUGAGCCAUUCAGCGGGCGGAGACUUUGGUUUCAAAAGGGUCAAAAGUACGACCCUGACGCAAUUGCAACUCAGCCAUCGGUCUAUAAUAACCCAGACAUCGCACAAGAAUAUCAGCCAAGCGAGGAUUGGGAGAACUUGCAUCGAUUUGAUCCCUCCGCAAGAUGGACUUGGCGCGAGGAAAAGCGGGUAAUCCGCAAAAUUGAUGCUCGGAUCAUGAUAUGGACGGCCAUCAUGUUCAUGGCUCUAGAGUUGGAUCGAGCAAACCUUACUCAGGCAUUAACAGACAACUUCCUCAAGGACUUGCAUCUCACCACUAAUGACUAUAAUUUGAGAAACACCGUUUUCAAGCUCUCUUUCCUCUGCGCGGAACUUCCCUCUCAACUGGUUAGCAAAUGGAUAGGACCGGACAGGUGGAUUCCUACACAAAUGACCCUCUGGUCGGCAGUUGGUAUGACUCAAUACGGACUCCAGGGACGAUCGUCCUUCCUUGCCUGUCGAGCCCUUCUCGGACUUCUCCAAGGUGGAUUCAUCCCCGAUGUUAUUCUUUACCUGUCCUACUUCUAUAAAUCGCAUGAGCUAUCUGUCCGACUGAGCUUCUUCUGGACAGCUUACAACCUGGCUGAUAUCCUCGCGAGCUUUCUAGCCUUCGGGUUAUUGCGCCUACGUGGCGUGCAAGGCCAGGCAGGCUGGCGAUGGCUAUUCCUCAUUGAAGGCUUGAUAACCCUGUUGGUCGGUCUCAUCGCAUUCGUCCUAAUGCCGCCAGGACCUUGUGAAACUGCCAACUGGGCGAGAGGCAAGAAAGGCUGGUUUACUCCACGCGAAGAAACAAUAAUGGUGAACCGCAUAAUCCGCGACGACCCAAGCAAAGGCACAAUGCAUAAUCGCGAAGCCAUAACCCCCAAACUCCUCUGGAAAAGCCUCUGCGACUACGACCUCUGGCCCAUCUACGCCAUCGGCCUCACAUGGCUCACCCCCAUGACGCCACCCGGCCAAUAUCUAACCCUCACUCUACGAGGCAUGGGCUUCAACACAUUCGUCACAAAUCUCCUCACAAUCCCUUACACAUUCGCGCAGAUCCCGACCAUGUUGAUUCUCACAUACCUAUCGGAGAGAUUCGGCCAGUUGACCUGGGCAGCAAUGUUCACUCAGAUCUGGGCUCUCCCAUUCAUCAUAUAUCUCUAUGUCGUCGAUAUAAACAGUAUCAAUAAGUGGGUUGCGUGGAUUAUUUUAACUAUUUUCUUAUCCAUUCCUUCUGUCGCCUGGAACUCCCGGAACUCGAAUACCGUUCGAUCGCGGACAGUUUCUGCUGCCGUGUACAAUAUGUGCGUGCAAGCGUCUGGGAUUAUCGCCUCAAAUAUUUACCGGCAAGACGAUGCGCCUCGGUAUAAGAGGGGGAACAAGGUUCUUGUUGCUUUGGUGGUUACGAAUAUCUUUAUCUAUCUGUUUACUAAGGCGUACUAUGUUUGGCGCAAUGCGAGUCGGGACAAGAAAUGGAAUGCUAUGUCGGAGGAAGAGAAGAGGGUUUAUUUGGCUACGACUAAGGAUGAAGGGAAUAAGCGGUUGGAUUUUAGGUUUGCGCAUUAG